AUGGACCCAGAGGCGGGAAGGAACGGAACCGUCCGGUGCCCCGAGGGAGCGGAGGGCGACUUUGAACUGGGCAGUAGCAGCAAGCAAGACAUGAAAAAAAAGAAGAAUGUGAACUUGAUUGGACCAUUAACCUUGUUUCGAUAUUCUGACUGGCAGGAUAAACUGUUGAUGUCCCUGGGCACCAUCAUGGCCAUAGCUCACGGAUCAGGUCUCCCCCUCAUGAUGAUAGUAUUUGGGCAAAUGACUGACAAAUUUGUUGAUAUUGCAGGAAACUUCUCCUUUCCAGUGAAUUUUUCAUUGUCAAUGCUAAAUCCAGGCAGAAUUCUGGAAGAAGAAAUGACUAGGUAUGCGUAUUAUUACUCAGGAUUAGGUGCUGGAGUUCUUGUUGCUGCUUAUAUACAAGUUUCGUUUUGGACUCUGGCAGCCGGCCGGCAGAUCAGGAAAAUUAGGCAAGAGUUUUUUCACGCUAUUCUACGACAAGAAAUAGGCUGGUUUGACGUCAGUGACGCUACUGAACUCAAUACACGAUUAACAGAUGACGUCUCCAAAAUCAGUGAAGGAAUUGGUGACAAGGUUGGAAUGUUCUUUCAAGCAGUAGCCACGUUUUUUUCAGGAUUCAUAGUAGGGUUCAUUAGAGGAUGGAAGCUCACCCUUGUGAUAAUGGCCAUCAGCCCUAUCCUGGGACUCUCUGCAGCUGUUUGGGCAAAGGUGGCCCUGGUUGGGAACAGCGGCUGUGGGAAAAGCACGACGGUGCAGCUGCUGCAGAGGCUCUAUGACCCUGAUGAGGGUACGAUUAACAUAGAUGGGCAGGAUAUUAGGACCUUUAAUGUAAGAUACCUCAGGGAAAUAAUUGGAGUGGUGAGUCAGGAACCAGUGCUAUUUUCUACCACAAUUGCUGAGAAUAUUCGUUAUGGCCGUGGAAAUGUCACCAUGGAUGAGAUAAAGAAAGCUGUUAAAGAAGCCAAUGCCUAUGACUUUAUCAUGAAACUACCACAGAAAUUUGACACCCUGGUUGGAGAGAGAGGGGCCCAGCUGAGUGGUGGACAGAAGCAGAGAAUUGCCAUCGCUCGGGCCCUGGUCCGCAACCCCAAGAUCCUCCUGCUGGACGAGGCCACAUCAGCCUUGGACUCUGAAAGUGAAGCAGAGGUGCAGGCGGCCCUGGAUAAGGCCAGAGAAGGCCGGACCACCAUUGUGAUAGCCCAUCGACUGUCUACAAUCCGAAAUGCAGAUGUCAUCGCCGGCUUUGAGGAUGGUGUCAUUGUGGAGCAAGGAAGCCACGGGGAGCUGAUGAAGAAGGAAGGGGUGUACUUCAAACUUGUAAACAUGCAGACAGCGGGAAACCAGAUGCAGUCAGAAGAAUCUGAUGUUGAACUAAGUAAUGAAAAGGCUGCCAUGGGAAUGGCCCCCAAUGGCUGGACAUCUCGCAUAUUUAGGAAUUCUACCCAUAAAAGCCUUAGGAAUUCACGAAAGUAUCAGAAAGGCCUUGAUGUGGAAACCAAAGAACUUGAUGAAAAUGUGCCACCAGUAUCAUUUCUGAAGGUCUUGAAUCUGAAUAAAACAGAAUGGCCCUACUUCGUGGUGGGAAUAGCAUGUGCCAUUGCCAAUGGGGCACUUCAGCCGGCAUUUUCAAUCAUGUUCUCAGAAAUGCUAGCGGUUUUUGAACAAGGAGAUGAUGAAGUAAAGCAACGGAAAUGCAACAUGUUCUCAUUGCUUUUUUUAGGUCUGGGAAUUAUUUCUUUUUUUACUUUCUUUUUUCAGGGCUUCACUUUUGGGAAAGCUGGCGAGAUCCUCACCACAAGGCUUCGGUUAAUGGCUUUUAAAGCAAUGCUAAGACAGGACAUGAGCUGGUUUGAUGAUCAUAAAAACAGUACCGGUGCUCUUUCUACAAGACUUGCAACUGAUGCCUCCCAGGUCCAAGGAGCCACAGGGACUAGGUUGGCCUUGAUUGCACAGAAUACAGCUAACCUUGGAACUGGUAUUAUCAUAUCAUUUAUCUACGGUUGGCAAUUGACCCUUUUGCUGUUAUCAGUUGUUCCAAUUAUUGCUGUAUCAGGAAUUGUUGAAAUGAAAAUGUUGGCUGGAAAUGCCAAAAGAGAUAAAAAAGAACUGGAAACUGCUGGAAAGAUUGCAACGGAAGCAAUAGAAAAUAUUAGGACUGUUGUGUCCUUAACCCAGGAAAGAAAAUUUGAGUCGAUGUACGUUGAAAAGUUGUACGGAGCUUACAGGAAUUCUGUGCAGAAGGCACAUGUCUAUGGAAUUACUUUUAGUAUUUCACAAGCAUUUAUGUAUUUUUCCUAUGCCGGUUGUUUUCGAUUUGGUGCAUAUCUCAUCGUGAACGGACACAUGCGCUUCAGAGACGUUAUGCUGGUGUUUACAGCGAUCGUGUUUGGUGCGGUGGCUCUAGGACACGCUAGUUCCUUUGCUCCGGACUAUGCAAAAUCCAAGCUGUCUGCAGCCCACUUAUUCAUGCUGCUUGAAAGGCAACCUCUGAUUGACAGCGACAGUGAAGAGGGCCUGAGGCCUGAUAAGUUGGAAGGAAACGUGACCUUUAAUGAAGUCGCGUUCAACUAUCCCACUCGACCAGACAUCCCCGUGCUUCGGGGGCUGAGCCUGGAGGUGAAGAAGGGCCAGACGCUGGCCCUGGUGGGCAGCAGCGGCUGCGGGAAGAGCACGGUGGUGCAGCUCCUGGAGCGGUUCUACGACCCCUUGGCCGGAACAGUGCUCCUAGAUGGUCAAGAGGCAAAGAGACUUAACAUCCAGUGGCUCAGAGCCCACGUUGGAAUUGUGUCCCAGGAGCCAGUCCUGUUUGACUGCAGCAUUGCUGAGAAUAUUGCCUACGGAGACAACGGCCGGGUGGUGUCACGGGAUGAAAUUGUGAACGCAGCCAAAGCAGCCAACAUCCACCCUUUCAUUGAGACCUUACCCCACAAAUAUGAAACAAGAGUGGGAGAUAAGGGAACGCAGCUCUCAGGAGGUCAAAAACAGAGGAUCGCUAUUGCUCGAGCCCUCAUCAGACAACCUCAAAUCCUACUGCUGGAUGAAGCUACAUCAGCUCUGGAUACUGAAAGUGAAAAGGUUGUCCAAGAAGCCCUGGACAAAGCCCGAGAAGGCCGCACCUGCAUCGUGAUCGCCCACCGCCUGUCCACCAUCCAGAACGCAGACCUGAUCGUGGUGUUUCAGAACGGCAAGGUCAAGGAGCAUGGCACACAUCAGCAGCUGCUGGCUCAGAAAGGCAUCUACUUUUCCAUGGUCAGCGUCCAGGCUGGGACACAGAACUUACGAAUUCCUGUUAUGUCUUAAAAAUAAAUUCAAAUUAUAACUUUUUCUGACUUAAA